GGAAAUACCAUAAACAAACUGUCUUUCCUGUCAACUUGAACGCAUGAACCCUUUUCGUUUCAGGUUAUUGUGACUGUGAAAACCAAAUUUGACACCGUCUCUUGAACAGUCACGCUUAUUGUGUUAUCCUUUGAAGCUGCUGGACCACAUUCUCGGUGUUUGUAACCGGGAGGAGAAGAUAUUCUUUGCUAAUUGCCCCGGCUGCAGCUGUACCGCUUUGAGAAGAAACGAUGUCUGAUUUAAUUCUGGUUCUUCUUUUGGUCGUGCUUCUGGUGUGUUUGAUUGUGACAGUGGCUGGCCUUCUGCUGUACUCGGGACUGCUGAGUGACGUGAUUAUAAAGACAGGGCGACCUCCUGUCAGAAAUGUCACUAUUGCUUAUAAGUUCAAAGAGGGAUCAUACAAGGACUGCGGUGCAGCCUACACAGAGAGCUGCAGCAUUGGGCCAAAGCUGAGCACCGUCGGGGUCUUCUACGAUGACCCCAAGCAGAGGCCAGCAGAGAAAUGUCGCUACGUUGUGGGCAGCGUCCUGUGUGAGGGUGAAGAGAAGCCAGAUGAAGAGCUGCAGAAGAUGUAUGAGAAGUUUGGCUUCAAGGUGUUUUCUCUGCCUGAAGUCAGCCAUGCUGUGACCACCAGCUUCCUCUGCUCCACCCCUCUGUCUCACGUGCUGGGACCUUACAGGGUCUACCCUAGGCUCUCUUCCUACAUCGAGGAGAGGAAGCUGUGUGCGUUCCCAACUAUUGAGAUCUGUAGCUCGGAUGUCAUCAACUAUAUGGUCCCGCUGUCUCGCCAGACAGACUUCUUCGUUCCAGAGAUGAAGGAGGAGGUUAAAACAGACGGUAAAGAAGAGGACUCUGACGAGGACAGAGGAACUGACAUUACAGGUGCAGACUCCCACAGCGACGUGAGUUCAGUGAGCGGUGGCGUGCCCUGGGACAGCAGAGAGACGUCCCUGGCUGCUUCCACAGCCGCCUCCCUGGCAUCGUCCCUGCCUCUGAGGGACGUAAUGGAUGCAAAUGAAGACAUUAAGCACAGGGACAGCAGCGAGAGAGGCUCGAACGAGUCUGUGGGCAGCGGCUCAUCCUUUGAAGAGCUUGACAUGGAUCAGGAGGAGCAGCAGGCGGGAGGAGAGAGGGAGGAGAGGGGAGAUGGAGAAGAGGCGGAGGUCCCUGAGGGUGAAGAUGGUGCUCGAGAAGCAGUUGAACUGGUGGCUGAGAAGAAGGAGCCCUUGGGGGAUGGAGAGGAGUAGGGUGGAUGCCGAGAAGAUAAAAGAUGAAGCCAUGUAACACUGGCAUGCUCGAGAGUUUCUCAGUUGUUGCUGGUUAUCUGUCAUGUAAUCCUGUUGGUGGAUCUAAAGCUGUUCAUGCCAUGACCAACAUGCCGUAUUUCUGCGCCUUCUAAUUCUCUUUUUGAAGCCUGUACUUUUUGUUAUACUAUAAUCUCUCUUUUUAACAAAAAUAUACUUCUUGAUUCUAUAUUUAAACUCCGUCAGGAUCGAACAACAGACAGCCCCGUUUGGUUAAGUUUUCUUGAGUAAACCCAAUUUUCUCUGCACAUGGUGUGCAGCAAAUGAGAGGCGAGAUUUGUUUAACUCUAAUAUUUAAUUUCCGGCUAUAAUCCUGUGUGAAUCUCCACUAUUCCCACUCGGAUAAGAAAUGACACUUCAAUUUAAGAUUUAAGAUGAAAGGAAGGACACUGAUGCCGGCUAUCCUGGAUCAUACAGCAUAUUUUUGCCCGUGUGUGACUGUUGAUAUUGUACCCCACUUUCAAGGUCAUGACCUUGAAGAUUUUUUUAUGUAACGUGUUGGUGUGCAUUACCCGACUUUGGUGUCUUGAUAUCCAGUAACGAUGGGGUGAAAAUGUGCAGGAGAUAAUGCUGUCGAAAUGUUUGAUGGACCUAUUUCAGUGUGUUGUUCUUUUUUUAAUUUUUUUUAUAUAAAGAGAAUAUCUAUCACACGGGGAAAUUCUGAAGACUGAGGCCUAAAAGCUUUUUUUAUCAACACCAGUAAAGUAACAUCACCCAAGUCACCAAGGCUUUAAAAUGCAAUUUAAAGAUGCAAACUUUUCCCCUUGGAUACUGUACAGAAGAUUUUAAUGUCACCCUGUGCUCAGAUAAUUGCUUUAGUUUUUUGUUUAACGUGGUUUUCUCUUCUAUAGUCGUUUCGUUGAACCACAGUUCUGUUUGUAGCCAAAAUUCACUCUCUUCCAGAGACUAGUUGUGAUAUGUUUGUAGGUUGAAAUCGUUGGUGCUGUGAGACAUUGGAAGUCAUGUACAGCACAUUGCCAUGGUGGUGUCUUUCUGUCUGUAAUAAAAUGUCAGAUGAAAAGUUAA